UCCCGCCGCUUCGCCACCCCUCCUCCCGGCCCUGCUCUGGCGCUGAGGGGCUGACGGCUAACCCGCUGCGAGCAACUCCCUUAGAAAAAAGCCGCCGCAUUGGCCGAGGCUGGCCGCAGGACCCCUCCUCCCGGGGCGCCCCCACUCCUCCCCCGCCGCUCCGGGCGCCCGCCUCCCUCUGCCGACUGUCUCCCGGCACGCCGGCCCACAGCCCUUUUGACUGGAGCGGCGGCCGCCGAGCAGAGGCGGCGACGCGGGACCUGCAGUCGCCCGGGAUUCCCUCCAGGUGACGAUGCUCUGGUUCUCCGGCGUCAGGGCUCUGGCUGAGCGUCCUUGCCGACGCUCGCCUGGGAUUACCUGCUGCGUCUUGCUGCUGCUCAAUUGCUCCGGGGUCCCCAUGUCUUUGGCUUCCUCCUUUCUGACAGGGUCUGUCGCAAAGUGUGAAAAUGAAGGGGAAGUCCUCCAAAUCCCAUUUAUCACCGACAACCCUUGCAUUAUGUGUGUGUGCUUGAACAAAGAGGUGACUUGCAAGAGAGAGAAGUGCCCUGUGCUGUCACGGGACUGUGCGCUGGCCGUCAAGCAGAGGGGCGCCUGCUGCGAGAGAUGCAAAGGUUGUACCCAUGAAGGAAGAACCUAUAACAGCUCCUCCAGAUGGCAAAGCCCCGGUGAGCCAUGUGUCCUGCGGCAGUGCCAGGAGGGCGUUGUCACAGAGUCUGAGGUGCGCUGUGUUGUUCAUUGUAAAAACCCCUCAGAUCAUCCAGGAACCUGCUGCCCUACCUGUCCAGGCUGUGUGUUCGAAGGUGUGCAGUACCAAGAAGGAGAAGAAUUCCAGCCAGAAGGAAGCAAAUGCGUCAAGUGUUCCUGCGUUGGAGGCAGGACACAGUGUGUGAGAGAAGUCUGUCCCAUUCUCUCUUGUCCCCAGCACCUUAGUCACACACCCCCAGGACAGUGCUGCCCCAAGUGUUUGGGUCAGCGGAAAGUAUUUGACCUUCCUUUCGGGAGCUGCCUGUUUCGCAGUGAUGUUUAUGACAACGGGUCUUCAUUUGUCUAUGAUAACUGCACAGUGUGCACUUGCAAGGACUCUACAAUCGUGUGUAAGAAGAAAUGCUCCCAGCCUGGUAUCUGUGACAAUGAUGGAGGUGCCUGUUGUGAAGAGUGUCUCCUACGAGUGCCCCCAGAUGAUGUCAAAGUAUGCAAGUUUGGUAGCAAGAUUUUCAGGGAUGGAGAGAUGUGGUCCUCAGUCAACUGUAGCAUCUGUGCUUGUGUGAAGGGGAAGACAGAGUGUCGCAGGAAGCAAUGCAUUCCCAUCAGCAGCUGCCCACAGGGCAAAAUUCUCAACAGAAAAGGAUGCUGUCCUAUUUGCACUGAAAAGCCCGGCGUUUGCACAGUAUUCGGAGAUCCACACUACAACACUUUUGACGGACGGACAUUUAACUUUCAGGGGACAUGCCAGUAUGUUUUGACAAAGGACUGCUCCUCCCCUGCCUCACCCUUUCAGGUGCUGGUGAAGAACGAUGCACGGCGGACCCGUUCCUUCUCCUGGACCAAGUCUGUGGAGCUGGUGCUGGGUGACAGCACGGUCAGCCUGCAGCAGCACCUCACUGUGCGCUGGAACGGCUCCCGCAUCGCGCUGCCGUGCCACACCCCCCACUUCCACAUCGACCUGGAUGGCUACCUCUUGAAAGUGACUACCAGAGCAGGUCUGGAGAUAUCCUGGGAUGGAGACAGUUUUGUGGAGGUCAUGGCUGCCCCUCAUCUCAAGGGCAAGCUCUGUGGUCUUUGUGGCAACUACAAUGGACAUAAACGUGAUGACUUGAUUGGUGGAGAUGGAAACUUCAAGUUUGAUGUGGAUGACUUUGCUGAGUCAUGGAGGGUGGAGUCCAAUGAAUUCUGCAACAGACCACAGAGAAAACCAGUGCCUGAGCUAUGUCAAGGCACAGUGAAGGUGAAGCUCCGAGCCCAUCGAGAAUGCCAGAAACUCAAGUCCUGGGAGUUCCAGAUCUGCCACUCAACAGUGGACUAUACCACUUUCUACAGCUUUCAGGACCUCCAGGCUGUCCAGCCUUACUCUACAAGCCUUGCUUCAUCUGUCUGUGGAGUUGGGACAAUAAGAACUGCUAUCCAUACUUAUUGAGGUUUUGAACCAAAGAGCUGGAGGUUCUGGAAUUGUUGGCCGCCACCAUUUCCUCUACUAUCAAUUCGAAGACAAACAUGAAAAGGCCUCCUUUGGAAGCACUCCCACUCUAGCUGAAGCCGUAUAUUGGACUCUUUGCUGAAAAUAGGAUGGAGUGACUGUACCAUUCUUUGGCCUCAUCUGCUUAUCUCUUCAAAGGAUUUCACUGAAAAUCAGAGAGCAGGGAUAUAGAAAUUUUUUUCCCUCAAAUUGCCAUGUCUUUUGUCUCUGGGGAUUUAAUUAUUGCUAACUCCUUUGAGUUAGUUAGGAGAAUAACUUGUCUUUGGCACAUGUCCCAAGAGCCAAUUCAAUGCACAAAACCAGAAGGAGUUGAAUCUUUCAGUGGUCAGGUGGUUGCCUGCUUCUGCCCUUUAAAAGGUCUGCAGCAGCUGUAGCAGCAUGGUGCAUAGUGUUUAUAUCAGGCUUGAUGUGGUGAGCCAGGGCAAAGUCGGGCAUGCUCUUGAGUCCUUUGAACAUGCAGAAUAAGGUGGGAUGUUGUGGGGAAUUGGCUUGUGCUCUGCCUGUCAAUGGCAUGGCAUGGUGUAGAGUGGUCUCGGGUCUUCUUCUCUUUUCUGGAAAUGACAGGAACACUUUGGGGGAGAAAUCUAGACAAUCCUCCAGCCACAUACCCUAUCACCACUCUGACUCCACAGCAGGAGGAUGUGUCCUCCCUCACCCUGAAGAGGGAGGGAUGGUAUUGGGGAGGUCCUGAGUUUUCCUCCUCUCUUUGAAAAGAACAGAGGUGAAGACUGGUAAUAUGUAGUGCUCUACAGGUGCCCAAUUGCAGGGUUUGGUGGUAGACUUUCUGAAGCAGGGGACUGAGGAUUAGCUCUUCACAUGUUGACAACAAUCUGGAGCCAGUCAGAAGCCUGUCACUUUCCAGCUGUAACCACUGCGAAGCCAACAGAGCUCCGCAUACCUCAUCUGACACUGGCAAGACCAUUGUUCAGAGGAGUGAAGGCACAUGGCGGUUUGGUGUUGCAGGCGGCAGACACGUGUCCCCUGAUUUUCUUUGGGGACCCUCUUGAGCCCCGCUCAGUUCUUCAGCUCUCUAAUCGCUGGCAAUCCCUGAUCUCAUCACAGAGACACAGAGAUUUUUAGGUUCUUGCUGACAAAAUCUUGAACAAUUUGAAAAUAAACCAUUUGAAAAAGAAACCGUUUGUCUCUCGUGACAUUGAAGAAGUGCUAGUCAAGGCCGCAGUGACCCAUUGUUGUGUGAUGACUUCUGUUCUAGAAGGGAUCAUAAAAGCAGCAAUCACUUGCCAUCCCACAGCUUCCAAGUUUGCCUAGUGUGCUUGAAAGCACAGGUAGAGUUUCUGAAAUCAUCCUGACUAGGUGCUCAGUAUCGUGACUGUGAUAUAUUAAUUGAUUUC